GUCAAUGUCAGCUGAACUGUUUUGACAUCCAAAUAUUAAAAACCCAACCUCAAUUUCAUAAAUUCACAAUAAAAUUGAAGGAUUAUUUAUUGACUAUUAAGAGUGAUGUCUCAUAGCGCAAUACAAAAUAAUUUUGAUUUACCUAAAGAACUAUGCUCCAAAGCAUUAGCUCUUAUUGGUGUUUCGGGCCUAGAUACUGUAAAUAAUGCAAUUCAUAAGGCAAUUUGGGAAGCCCUCACAGGAUAUAGAAAGUUUGAAAGAGCACCUCUAUUAUUCAAACUCAUUAGCAACUCCUAUGAAUUUCCAGUUAUCAAGCCAAAAAGAAAUUCAUACGAAUGGUAUAUUCCAAAGGGUAUUCUCAAGAAGAAUUGGAUGAAUAAACAUUUAUAUGAAAUACCUGCCGCAAUAGUAAUUUUUUACGAGUUGGAUUGGAAUGAUACUCAAUGGAAUGAAAAGAUGAUAGAAUGCGCCUCAAGGGUUCAAUCCAUGAGAGCAGCAUUAGAAGGAAGAAAUACCAAAUUAACAGUGGUAUUAAUACAACAUGUUCCAACGCUACCUUCAGGAGAGGACAUUCUAGCUUCUGAAAGAGCAGUUUCACUAUGUGCCAGCUGUGAAUUAAAUUCUCAAUCUUUAUUUAUCCUUCCUAUUGGUGAUCAUCUACAGGACUACAUUAUACGUUUGGAUGGUGCAUUUUUUGAUGUUGCACAAAAUUAUUACCAUAAUGAAGCGAAAAUUAUUCGUUCUCACAAAGAUCAUCUCAAUAAAACCAAUCACCAAUUUUUGUAUGUUAGGCAUCAGUUUAAAAUGGCAUUUCUUUAUGAACUCAAACAAGAUAAUAUGACAGCUCACAAACAUUACUCCAUUGCCUAUAAUAAUUUAUUAGAAAUAAGAGUUACUGAUACUAAUGCCAAUGAAAUAAGAAUGAUAGCAGGUUUCAUUAGUUUCAAGUUGUGCAAAUUACAAUUUCGUCUGAACUUGCCUAGGGAUGCAAUAUAUCAUUUUAAAAAUCAUAUUGAGCAUUUUAAGAAUCGUCUUGGCUCUCAAGAGUUAGCCUUUGAACAUUAUGCUUGGUUAUCAAAGCAAUUUCAAGUCUUUGGUGAUAUUUUUGAUGAAACUGUGAAACUGGGUCUUCCAGCUGUUCAAACACAGCACCCUGGCAUUUAUUACCAGCAAGCAGCUCAAUAUGCAAUAAUGCGUAAAAAUACAUGUAGAGAAUUGUGUGCAAACAUUAAUAAUUACCCUCAACCUGAUCCUUUAGAGAACUUUGCACAGAUGGAAUAUUAUGGCCAAAGGCCUUGGAGGCCUGGAAAACUUACUCAAGAUGUACCUGAUCCACAAACAGAAUUGAAUGGUAUUCAUGCUUUGCAAUUUUUGGAAAAACAAGUCAACCAUUCAAAUAUUAUCAUACAGUUAUAUGGUUUAGGGAUUUCACAAUUCAAAACAUAUAAAUGCCCCAGGACUAGGAGAUAUCUAAUUUUACAAAUGGCAGAUGAAUAUUAUGAUGCUCAAGAUUUCAGUAAAGCUUUAACUUUGCUCACACAUAUGUUGUGGGAUUUUCGUCAGGAAAAAUGGUGGUCGAUAAUGUCAAAUCUUAUGAUCAAAGCUUUGAAAUGUGCAUUUUUGAUAGCCAGUUCUCACGACUACUUGCUGCUUGCUCUGAAAUUACUUGGGAAGUGUACUGAUGUUAGUUUGGACUACAAAAAAAGAAUAUAUGAGAAUUUCAAUAAAGUAUUGAAGAAAGAAAUACCAUUUGGCGAUCCUGACAUACCACAUGAAUUGCUCCAAAAAGCUAUCAUCAAUUGGCAACCAAUAUUCACUAAUUCACAAUUUAAUGUUGUAUUGGAUAUGACGAACGUCACAAGCUGCAUAGAAACUAAAGCAAGAUUCUUGAGAAAGCAUUAUGAAGUCGAUCAAAAAGUAUCUGUGGAGAUUCUGCUCAGAAAUACAAGCCCAUUUAGUUUAACUCUGGUUCAAGUAUCUGUAUGUAUCGUCACUUCAACACUCACAUCAGAAUAUGCAGUAAAUACUUUGGGAAAAACUAUGGAAAUUAAAAGUAAAGAAGUGAAAAAAUUUAUGAUUGAAUUUUAUCCAGAUCAAAGUGAUAUCUUGAAGGAUAUACAGAUAGGAAAUGUUACCGUCCAAAUGGGAACGCCCGGUUGCAAAUUGGAACUCAAGUUUGGAAGUAACAAUGAAUCUAACCAAGUCCAUCCUGAAUUGCUCCACUUCAAACAUACAAAAGAAACUGUAGAUUUUGAUAACAUUAGGUCACAAAUGAGUGCAACUAUAGUACCUCGAAGAUCUAAGCUAGAAAUAAACUUCGUUCACAAACAGCCAGCUUUGUUGGGAGAAUGGUAUGAGGUUUGCAUGCAUAUGGAUAAUAAAGAAGAUAAUUCCAUAGACAACCUGGAAGUAACUCUUUUCUUGAUAGGCGAAGAAGCUGUUUCUACAUCUGACAUAACAAAUAAUGAAGAUGGAAUACCUCAGAAGGCCCCACUAAGUCUCAAUGUCAAAAAGCAUAUGGAACCAGGAGAAAAAACUUCUUCAUAUUUCUAUUUAAGAGUCCAUAAAUUAGAAGUGAAAAAUGUACAGAUAAAAUUAACAUAUUUACUGAAUAAUGAUAACACUCCCGUAAUCAGCACAAAGACAGAAUCGCUCUUGAUAUCUGUAGUUCAACCCUUUGAUGUUUCAACAAAAUAUUUAUCGGUCCUCAUGAUGGACAUCGACACAUUUUAUGUGGACGAGCAUUUUGGAAUAAUGCCAUCCAUAAGUUGUCUUUCUCCUUGGCCUCUCAUCGUUGAAACUACGUCUUUUGAGUUUAGUCCAAUGGUUCAAAGUGUUGAAGAUAAUAUUUCUAGUCCCUUACACGGAAUCCAGCUCAAAGAAGGAGAAGUGGGCACUGAAUUAUUCUUAGCGUCUUGUAGUAGAUCUUCAGAGCAAAAUGUUAACUUGGGACAGUAUGUCAUCAAAUGGAGAAGAUCAGACGGAAAACAAUCGUCUGUCAGUAAAAUUAACAUUACGGGAUGCCCUGUACAAAAGGUACCACUAAAAAUUGAGGUUGUUCUUCCAGCUCACGGUACAGUAAGGACUCCCACAGUGGUUAAAUACAUUUUGGAAAACAAAUCCAAUCAGUUGAUACAAUUGGAUGUUGGCAUAGAUGGAAGUGAUGGUUUCAUGUUUGCUGGAUUCAAACAGUAUAUGGUUAGCAUUCUACCUCAUUGCAAGCAGACGGUAAAAUACAAUUUAUAUCCCCUAUUCGCUGGAAGCGUUGCUCUGCCUAAACUCAAUUUAAAUCUGCCAGUAAAUGGUUUAGUGUCACCGUUAUUAAGACAAGAUGAUUUGAACGCCCUGAUUCAGAGAUCUUUGCCUACUCAUCUGUUCAUUAUGCCUGAGGCCAAAGGAUCAGUUAAGGUACCAGACUGUGUUAAUCCUCAAAAUAUAAGUGUUAGAUAAUAAUUUGUUUAUAUAUAAUUAUAUAUUUAUUGUUUGUAAUUGUUAUUGUAUUUUUAUGAAUUAAUAAAAACAACUCUCUUA